UCAAAACUGAGAUCCCGCUAAAAAAUCCCUUUUCUCUAUCCAUUUCUUCACCCAAAAAUAUAAACCCUAAAAAAUUUUCCCUCACUUUCCCUAGAAACAAACAAGAAAACCCACAAGAAAUGAAGGGAGGAACAGUGCAAAUUAAUUGGCACGACACCAAACCAGUCCUCACCCUAGACUUCCACCCAAUCUCCGGUCUCCUAGCCACCGGCGGCGCCGAUUACGAUAUCAAGAUUUGGGUGAUAAAUUCAGGCCAAGCACAGAAGAAAAUCGCGACGGCAACUUAUCGUAAUAGCCUUUCCUAUCAUGGUUCAGCUGUCAACGUGCUCCGUUUCUCUCCAUCUGGAGAAUUGCUUGCCUCAGGUGCUGAUGGGGGAGAGCUGAUUAUAUGGAAGUUACAUUCCACAGAAACUGGUCAAACAUGGAAAGUCCUCAAGAACCUGUUAUUUCACCGUAAAGAUGUUCUGGACUUGGAGUGGUCUGCAGACUCUGCAUAUCUGAUCUCUGGAUCAGUUGACAAUUCUUGCAUCAUAUGGGAUGUUAACAAAGGUUCUGUACAUCAGCUAUUGGAUGGUCAUUUCCAUUAUGUUCAAGGUGUAGCUUGGGAUCCAUUGGCCAAGUACAUUGCUUCUCUUAGUUCAGAUAGAACUUGCAGAAUUUAUGUGAAUAAGCCUCAGACAAAGACAAAAGGUGCUGAGAAGAUGAACUAUGUUUCUCAGCAUGUCAUUACAAAGGCAGAACAGCAGAUGUCUACAAAAACACAUCUUUUUCACGAUGAGACGUUACCAUCUUUCUUCAGAAGACUAGCCUGGUCACCUGAUGGAUCCUUUUUACUUGUGCCAGCAGGUUCUUACAAAAUGUCAGCUGCAUCGGAAACAGUAAAUACUGCUUAUGCAUUUUCCAGAAUGGAUCUUUCAAGACCUGCAGUAAUGCUCCCUGGUGCUAGCAAGCCUGUUGUGGCAGUUCGUUUUUGUCCAGUGGCUUUUAACCUUAGGGGAUUAGCCUCAGCUGGGCUCUUCAAACUUCCAUAUCGCCUGAUUUUUGCUGUGGCAACUUUAAAUUCAUUAUAUAUCUAUGACACAGAGAGUGUUCCUCCCAUAGCAAUCUUGGCCGGUCUUCAUUAUGCAGCCAUAACUGACAUUGCAUGGUCAUCUAAUGCUCAGUAUUUAGCUUUGUCUUCCCGAGAUGGAUACUGUACUUUAGUAGAAUUUGAAACUAAUGAACUGGGUUCGCCCAUCUCCUCGGCAGACGAGAGGAAAGAUGCAGUCCAUCAGAACAAGAGCCCCGAUACGCAGGAACCAGAGUGCAUGAUAAUUGAAACAACGACAAAUAAUGGUUGUAUAGCAGAAGACAGUGGAAAAACAGUAGCAGCAAAGAAUGAAGGAAAGCAGCCAUCACCAGUCUCCAUAAGUACUCCCAUCUCAAAUAAGCCAGCCAAGAGGCGAAUCACUCCCAUGGCAAUUGAUCCACAGUAACCUAAAAAACUUUUGGUAGUCAAAAAACUAUUGUAUAGGAUGUCUCUCCUCUAUCUCGUUUUCCCAAAUGCGGAUGUAUGAUGCAAAUUGUUGCGGUGCAAAAUGGCCUCCCCCCCCCAUUUUUUUAUUGGUGUUUUGUCAAAAGUUUUGAAGGGACACAACACAACAGAUUUAUGAAAAACUGAUGUUAGGCUUUUCUAGGA